GAUGACGCACUGCUUGCCGCCAUCGUUGUGUGUUCAGAAAGAAAGAGCAGCCGCAGAUCUUGUUUUAUGUGAGUUUUAUCCAGGUGUAGUUUCUACAAAGAGAUUAUUGUAUUUAUUUUUACACCAGUCGGCUCCGGUUCUGGCACAGUGUGAUCCGCAGCUUCCGGUUCUGAUGGCGAACGAGAGGCUCAGGGUUUUGGAGGACGUGGAGAAAGAUAUAGCGAUGGUUCUGCAGUGUGCUGGAAACAUCGUCCUGGAGUUGUCCAAAGACAAACACAACGCCAGCUUCCUGGACAGACAGCUGGUCCAGUUCCAGACCUCAAUCAACCGCAUAGAGAGCGAGCUGAGCGCCCAGAUCCGGUACCUCACACAGGUAGCUACAGGUCAGCCUCAUGAAGGCUCCACCUAUUCAGCCAGGAAGGACUGUCAGAUGGCGCUGAACAGAGCUGAGUAUGCAAAGGUCAAACUGGGAGAACUGGGUCGGACGUGUGAAGCCACACUGGAGCAGCAGCAGCAGCAGCAGCAGACAUGAGGACAGAGACACUGUGUCCCAGUCUGUCCACACAUCUGUUUGACUUUUGUUCAAACACUGAAGCAGAACAAACUGAUCUGAUCUAAAAGGAAACAAACUUGUUCAAAGGAGAUUUGUCUUUUUUAUUUGUUUUAUGUUUGGAUCGAUUUUGUUGUUUGGGCCUUUUUAUAUACUAGCACACAAAACAGUUUAUUUAUUACAAAUGUGCUUUCACAACAAUGUCCCAAAUAUGUGUUAUAAAUAUGUAAUAAAAAUCAUCAUUUUUGUGCAGGGCUUUUCAAGAAAAAAAAGUUGUCUUCAAGAAAAGAACGAUCUAUUUGUUCGGUCUUGUGUCACGUUGGGCUGGAUUUCUUCUUUGUUUCUAACUUUUUUAAAGAAAACACAAGCUUAUCAUUUCAUAAAAUGAUUUGUUUAACCUGAUGCUUUUCAUGACAGAGUUGUAUCUGACGGGUCAAAUGAUGAAACAUUUGUAUGGCGAGUGUGGCAGCCACUGCCUUUAUCUCUGUCUCUGUAAAUCUGAGUACGCUGUAGCCAGUUUGUGUUUUCUCAUGUUGAUUCUGGGUCAUCACAUUUUUGUAAUAAAUAUGAAUGAAWUUUUGGAAAGAUAACAUUGUAAAAAACGUUCCAUGCCACAGAGAUGAGCAGUAUUCAUAGAAGUCGUAUCAGGAAGUGAUGUGAAAGUUCUGAACAGAUGGAUACAGACACUGUAGAGAAGAAUCUGUUUCUUUAGAUUAUUUUGWGUCACUAUCAAAGAGUCAGUUUAAAUAAUGUUUCAAUAAAUAAAACCUUGCAAUUCAUUUUCUUAAGGCGUUCCCCUUCGAUGUCACUUCCUGUUUCACAAAAUGCCAGUUAUGUGACCAAAUAUGUAAAACCAUGUGUGUAUUAUGGCAAGUUUCAUUAUACUGUACGUUUAAAGAUGUUAGACUUUUUGUAUUUGAAGGAUAAGCAUGUCACAUCUAAUAAUUACUUUCUAUAAGUUUCAUUAUGUCCAGUGGGUGAUGARAUGUUUUGUAACAGACAGGCAAAAACACAUUGUCCACCUUGGUUCKGUCAUUCUGUUUUCUGUGCUACAGUGUCUUUUGUUGGACAACUUUUGAUUAAACUAAAUAAAUUUGAACUCAUUUGGGA